AGCAGAGCAAACAAUACUCUGCUACUCCACCAACCAAACCCCCCUUCGACCCCCACACCCACGCCGCCCCUUCCCAAAGCGAAUCCGGCGCCGCCGCCGGCCGCCGCCCCACGGCCCGCUCCCAGCUCGAGCAUAUCCUACCUAGGGGAAACCGCCGGCGGGCGUAAGAAAAAGAUGCUCUUUUAGGGGGAAACCAGCCAGCCCCCGUCGCCAUGCUGGUGCUGGCGCUGGCGCCGGGCGUCAGGCUCUAAAUCCACCUAGGGUUUCGGCCGGCGGCGAUGCGGGCAUACUCCGCCGGCGCCGGGGCCGGGGCAGUCUUCCUCGGCGACGGCGACGUCGACCCCGAGGCCCUCACCGAGGAGGACAGCCUCGUCGGCGGCGGCGACUCCAACUCCGUGGAUUGCUUGCAUGGAUCAUACAGCAGCUCUUUAAGCCUCCACGGUGUCAGAGUUGACGACGAGCACUCGGCUCUUGAGAACAGCAGCAGGCCUCCUAGUCAUAUUAAUAUCCUAACACCACAAGAUGUUGUGCCCAUCGAAGUGGCACGGUCUAGGUUCCUGGACAUCAUCAUUGACCAUUUUAUUGGCCAGAAUGUUAUUGAGGUGGAAGAACCCUCUCUCUAUGACUCUAUCCUGGCCAGCAAUAGAAUCAACAAAAGAAAGCAACAAGAGGUGCAAUACGAAGGCGACCCGAGGUUUGCUUUGCCCUUGAUGUACAUAGCCAACUUGUACGAGUCUUUGGUGAGCGACGUCAAUGCACGUCUUGCUUCCUUGACCGGAUCCCGUGAGAAAACUAUUGGGGUAGCUCUUGAAGCUGCCGGCGGCUUGUACAGGAAGCUGACCCAAAAGUUUCCCAAGAAAGGAAAUUGUAGCUUCAGGAGGAGGGAGCUGGCUACUUCUAAUGCAACAAAGACCAAGUUUCCUGAACUUGUAGUGCAGGAAGAAAAGCGGGUCCGUUUUGUUGUAAUCAAUGGUUUGGUGAUCAUAGAGAGGCCAAAUAAUAUGAGAAUGCAGGAUGCGGAAUGGUUCAAAAGAUUGACCGGUCGAAAUGAAGUGGCCAUUUCAUCUAGAGAUUACAAAUUCUAUUCACCUCGACACAAGUACAGGCGUACCCUGCAGCCAGUAUUUGACAUUCCUGGCACAUCCGUUUUGUCAGAGGAUGAGACUUCUCCAUUGGUUUGUUCUUCAGAAUUUCGUCCACCAUUCGAGAUGCAAAACCAACAUGAGUCAUCAUCGAAGCGACACAUUGAACAGAUAGAAAGUCAACCUUACUUGCACUUUCUCGAUCAAGCAGAGCAUGACAACAUCCAGCAAAACCAACAUAGUUCUCAGUUCCCUCCCAUUCAUCCAUGUGCAUCGUCCUCGCAACUGUCAGAUAACCCCCAGCAGCACCAGUCCUAUCUAUCUCCGCAUCUAUCUUCCAUGCAAGCUGGACACAACCACCUUGGAGGACGCUCGAAUAUUCUUCCAAGCAGCCCUGCAAAGUUCUGCGACGAGUGCGGUUCGCCGUAUUUAAGGGCGACAUCCAAGUUCUGUUCAGAGUGUGGCACCAAGAGGCUAGGGAUCUGACUGAGUGAUACAUAGUUAAGCAAUUUUGUCGCAGUUUGAUGUUGUUCCUUUUUUCUGUGGGGAGUUCAAUGCUGUUUCGGCCAUGAUGCAGAACCCUGUAGAAUGGGUUUUGGUUGUUGUAACUGAACUUGAGUUCACUCUUGCUUCCUUCAAUGGAAAUGUAUAUCGAUGGAUGUGACUCCCUCAUUUAUUAACUGUUGUGCCUUACUAUGAUCUA